AUGGCGAACGAUGAAUAUGACUUUCUCUUCAAGGUUGUUCUGAUCGGUGACUCUGGCGUCGGUAAAUCCAACCUUCUCAGCCGAUUCACGCGGAACGAAUUCAACCUCGACUCCAAAUCCACAAUCGGCGUCGAAUUCGCGACUAGAUCGAUUCAGGUCGAUACAAAGACGAUCAAAGCACAAAUAUGGGAUACUGCCGGGCAAGAAAGAUACCGCGCCAUUACAUCCGCUUACUACCGAGGGGCUGUCGGGGCACUCUUGGUCUACGACAUCAGCAAACGGCAGACCUAUGACAAUGUCACGAGAUGGCUGAAAGAGCUCCGGGACCAUGCGGAUGCCAACAUAGUCAUCAUGCUGGUUGGGAACAAGAGUGAUUUGCGGCAUUUGCGCGCCGUUCCAACUGAGGAAGCCAAGCAGUUUGCGAGUAAGUUCCCAAAUGUUACUCCGGUGUGGUUCAGGACUCAUAUUUGCGAAACAGGUGAAAACAAUCUGUCCUUCAUCGAGACGUCCGCCCUCGAUGCCAGCAACGUUGAGUUGGCGUUCCAGAAUAUCUUGACUGGCAAGUCCUGUGAUCUUGUUCUUAUUCCAAGGCUGACAUGUGUGGGCAGAAAUCUAUCGGAUCGUGUCGAGCAAGGCCCUCGACAGCGGAGACGCGGCACAAGCGCCAGCCGGCGGCGUGAAGAUUGA